AUGGAGUCGCCUAUCGAUUGGAUCAACUAUUCGAUGGCCAUUCGCACGGAUGGACACGAUAUGAAACACUGGCUAUUCAUUAUCAGCUCAUUGUUGUUAUUAACACAGAUUCGGACGUCAGGCAAAGGCGCCUCCAAUUUCCGGGCCAUUGAGAAGCACGGUCCGGCGCUCGUCUCCAUUAACAUAUAUGUUAGAAGUAUAUCCAGUAUAGACGAUGUGACCAUGAAUAGGGCCGUCGCGAUUGCGGACACAUUCACCACUAAUCUCAACGCCCGAUUCGGUCAGAAUAUUCUCCGCCAACGACUGGCGAAACACAUAAACGGUGUCCAGAAUUUUGUGCACAGAAUUACAGGCAUUACUCCAACCGAUUCCGUACCGCCAAAGAGUCACAUAGUGUUCACAAUUGCAGUACUGGUCGUCGAAACGGACGAUCCGAUUCUGGUAACGCGUCAACACCGGGGCCAACACAUCCAUGUGCGGCAUCGAGUUCUCGGUCAUGGCCAGCACCCGGUCGGCCAGCUUUUUCUGGUUGUGCAGCCGAUACAGGGGCUGAUCGGCGGGAAACACGUCCCGCAGAGCGUUGGCUAA